AUGUAUAGAAAUAUAGUUGGUACUAUUCCAGAUGAUGUAGAUAAUGCUUUAAAAUCUGGAAAUUUUUUCCCAAACACAAAAAAUGGAUACCCUGUAAAAUCUACUGAACCAAUUGCAGAAAUGAAAAAACUAAAUAAUAACUAA